GCUCACUCAGCCUCCUCUAGUGACCGACUGUGCACAGGGGUCCUUCCACGAGCCAUCUCCUCUCCUCCUCCCUGCGAGUUGCUGGGCAGCCCAGCGGCAGCAUGUGGGCCAACAAACUCCUGCCGGUCCUGCUGCUCCAUCUGCUGCUGCUGCUUCCCAUCACCAUCCCUUUGGCAGAAGGCAAAGGGAAAAGGAGAAAUGCUCUUCAUGACUUCAAAAAGACAGGCGAGACUAUGCUAAUUAGAUCAGACCUAUCACUAGUGGGAAAAACCAAGCUGUUAAACACCACAGAGCAAUGUGCCAAGAGAUGCAGCAGGAAUAAAGGCUUUUCAUUCCCUUGCAAGGCCUUUGCUUUUGACAAAGCUACGAAACGAUGCCAUUGGUUCUCUUUCAAUAGCAUGACAAAUGGAGUGAGGAAGAAGCAAGACCAUGCGUUUGAUCUAUAUGAAAAGAAAGACUACAUUAGAAACUGUAUAAUUGGUAAAGGCGCAAACUACAAGGGAACAAUAUCUGUCACCAAAAGUGGCAUCCAGUGUCAGGCAUGGAAUUCUAUGAUACCCCACGAGCACAGCUUUUUGCCUUCGAGCUAUCGGGGUAAAGACCUACAGGAAAACUACUGCCGGAAUCCCCGUGGAGAAGAAGGAGGGCCUUGGUGUUUUACAAGCAGUCCAGAGAUACGCCAUGAAGUCUGUGACAUUCCUCUCUGUUCGGAAGUUGAAUGCAUGACCUGCAAUGGAGAAAGUUACAGAGGGCCAAUGGAUCACACUGAAUCAGGCAAGGAAUGCCAGCGCUGGGACCUUCAGAGACCACACAGGCACAAAUUCAGACCAGAGAGAUAUCCUGACAAGGGCUUUGAUGAUAAUUACUGCCGCAAUCCUGAUGGCAAGCCGAGACCAUGGUGCUACACUCUUGACCCUGACACCCCUUGGGAGUUCUGUGCAAUUAAAACGUGUGCUCAGACCAUUGUGAACAUCACCGAUGCUGCCGUAGAAACGACAGAGUGCAUCAAGGGGCAAGGUGAGGGCUACCGAGGUACCAUGAACACCAUAUGGAGUGGAGUCCAGUGUCAGCGCUGGGACUCCCAGUUUCCUCACCAGCACAACAUCACUCCCGAAAACUUCAAGUGCAAGGAUUUAAGAGAGAACUACUGCCGAAAUCCAGAUGGAUCGGAGUCACCUUGGUGUUUUACUACUGACCCAAACAUUCGGAUCGGUUAUUGCUCCCAAAUACCUAAGUGUGAGGUGUCAAGUGAACAAGAUUGCUAUCGUGGGAAUGGCAAGAAUUACAUGGGGAAUUUGUCUAAGACAAGAUCUGGGCUAACUUGCUCCAUGUGGGACAAGAAUAUUGAAGACUUAAGGAGGCACAUACCAGUAUUCAGGGAACCAGAUAUUAGCAAACUGAAGAAAAACUACUGCCGCAAUCCAGAUGAUGAUGCUCAUGGUCCCUGGUGCUACACAAGCAAUCCUCUCAUUCCCUGGGACUACUGCCCAGUUUCUCGAUGUGAAGGUGAUACAACUCCUACCACAACCAAUUUAGACCAUACUGUCAUUUCUUGUGCCUCAACCAAACAUUUGAGAGUUGUAAAUGGAAUCCCAACACAAACUAACGAAGGAUGGAUGGUUAGUUUGGCCUACAGGAAUAAACAUAUCUGCGGAGGUACUUUGGUAAAGGAAAACUGGGUUCUAACAGCAAGACAAUGUUUCCCUUCUCGGUGGAGGGAGACUUCAACUGGGAGCCUCCCACAUCCCAGGUACAAAGAUUUGAAAGACUAUGAAGCCUGGCUUGGGGUUCAUAAUAUCAAAGGAAGAGAAGAGAAACGUAAACAAGUUCUGAAUAUCUCCCAGUUGGUGUAUGGACCUGAAGGGUCUGAUUUGGUAUUAUUGAAACUUGCCAGAGCUGCAGUAUUCAAUAAUUUUGUGGAUCUAAUCAGACUGCCCAUUUCUGGAUGUACCAUUCCAGAGAGGACCACCUGCAGUGUUUACGGAUGGGGACACACAGGAUUGAUUCACUUUGAUGGCCUGCUCCAAGUAGCAAACCUAUUUAUUAUGGGAAAUGAGAAGUGCAACCAAUAUCUCAAAGGGAAGAUUACUGUGAAUGAGUCAGAAAUCUGCGCUGGGGCUGAGGGCAUUGGCACUGGACCGUGUGAGAGGGAUUAUGGUGGCCCCUUGGUCUGUGAACAAAACAGGAUGAAAAUACUAGUGGGUGUUAUCGUUCCUGGCCGCGGAUGUGCCAUUCCAAAUCGUCCUGGGAUUUUUGUCAGAGUGGCAUAUUACUCCAAGUGGAUACGCAAAAUCUUGUUGACAUACAAAUCUGAGUUAUAGCUGAAUAUUUCACAGAAAAGCACCAAUUCCAUAUACAUGAAGAUUUCAGAGAGCAUGAAAUUAAUGUGUAAUGUAAAGAUCCAUGAUUUUUAAAAAAAACUACUUGAUAGUCAAGUUUCUUGAUCUUCUAUUGAUAUUUAUGGGUGUUUUCUGAAGAUUUUGUCUAUCAGUGUUGUUUUAUAGAUGUUGAAGUGAGCUACAGUAUAUGCAAGUAUGGUGACAUAUCUCCUGAAGAUACUUGAAUGGGUAAACAAAAUUGCAAAGAUACUAUUGCUGAAUGCAGAAGAGUUUUGUGGAAAUGGCUCAUGUGGCCUCUUUAGGCUGCUUCUCCAGAUCAGCUUGUCCAUGAGAAACAAAGAAAGCCUUUUUUUUCUUUACCACCCCUUACUCUUGCUAUGUACCAUAUACUGCUCUCUGUUUGUGGCAAAAGUUCUAUUGUGAGCUGUGUGCAUUGAUCAGGAAUGCAUUGAGCAUAUAUGGACCUAAUUCUCUUCCCCCAUAUGCAGAGUUUAAUUAUGUUAAAUGCUAAGCUUAAAAUAAAAUCUCUUUAUUUGCUCAUUUCAUUGUGGGCCCAAUUCUGCAAGCCCUUCAUAAGCAGAGCUCUCACUGAAGUCAAUGGGAGCUCCUUUUACAUAGGAUUUAUAGGAUCUGGCUCUGUACUUGCUGUCCUCAGGGAUAUUACACUAUAUCCUAUGGUUGAGGGAUGAGACAGAGAAACUGGUUGACUAGCAAGUUAUCAAUCUUUUUUGAAUUGUCCCAGGGUGCAUCUACUCUGCGGCAGGAGGUGUAAUUCACUGCUCAGGUAGAUGUACACAAAUCUAUACGUGCUAGAUUUGAUUGAGCUAGCAAGUUAAAAAUAGUAGUGUAGCUGUUGGUGCUGGCAAUGGCAUGGACUAGCGACCUAAGUACUUAUCUAGAGUCACUGAUGGGAUUGCAGUCAGGCAGCUAGCCCAUGCAACUGCCCGUGUUUCCAUGGCUACACAGCUAUUUUAGUGGGCUAGCUCAAUCAAAGCUGGAAACUGCACCUCCAGCUGCAGUGUAGAUGAACCCUUAUAUUUAAAAAAACAAACCUAAAAGUGUAUUUCAUAGGAGCCCAGGAAUGUAUCCUGAUUAGCUAAUGACAGACCAUUUUUACUGUUCAAAUUAAUUGCAUUGCAACAGAGAGUUUGGGCCAGAUUUCUCAGUAACUCAAGGGAAUAACUCUGGAUUUACAGCAGGAUAAGAGCAGAAUCUGACUAUGAGCUGAUAGAAUCAACAGGAAAAAAAAUAAUACUGUUGUCAUUAAUGCAUUUAAAACCAAAUUGUGCCCUCAGGUAUGCCUGAGAGCAUUGGAAAUUGCAUACGCCAUCUGGGGGCGGAACGUCAGCCCUUCAUAUUUAACAAACAGAACCACUAAAAGAACCGAUAUUUCAAAUAGAAUGGAACAUACAUCUUUUGAUUUCAGUAACAUUAAAUAUGUUUUAUUUAUAGGUCUUAUAUUAUCUUCAAGAAAAACCUAAACAUUUGGUUAAUACAUCUUUUGUAUAACUUCUUUGAAGCCAAUAGAAUUAUUGCAGAGAUAAAUCUGGCCUGUUGUAAAGUAUGCAACAUGUCACUAAUGGUUUAAUUGCUUGUGUUACAUGUCUACUUGCACACUUAGGGCCAUAAUUUUCCAUACUAGAAAUGGAGCAAGAGAGCAAAUAGUCAACAUCUCUGAGGUUUCCUUGUGCUCCUUUAGAACAUGUAUUGUGUAGCUGAAAGUACUAAACAAUUAGCAAAUGGCAAUAUUUUACGUUAGAUGGCACCAAUUACCAUGUACCUGCUGGAAAAAUGAUACACUAUAUAAUCCCAUUGUACUUACUACCGUACAUUAAAUUGCAUAAGGAACUUCAUUGUUACUUUAUUCAUGAAUGUAUGUAAAUGUAUAUGUUUCAGAUAGCAGACUGUAAAGUAUGUACCAUGUCUAACUACAUAGCCCCUAAACUGACAUCACUGUGUAAAAGUAAAGAACAUUUCACUGUAAUUACAUGUAAGUGACAUAGGACUGAAUCCUGCCUUGGUAAAAAUAACCAUGCAGGGGAGCUGCCUUAGGAGGCUGAGAAGGCGCUGAUUCCCCAAACUGUCCCGAAUCAACAAAGCAUUUCGACUUUCAUGGGUUACCUGUAUAGUUAAAUGCUUUGCUGAAUAGGGAUGGACUUCAGCAUAGGCUUAAGUGCUUUGCUGAGUAACACCCAAAACAGUCUACUGGCACAAAGCAAGAGGUCUCGCAGCAAGCAGAUAAAUAAAAUCCUUCCUCCUGUGAGUAGCCCCACUGACCAAAGUGGGAUUACUCAUAAGGGCUUCCAGGUUCUGGCUCCUCACUUGUAUGCCUAGAUGUUAGCUGGGUGUACCUCCCACUUUGUCUGCUAGUGAACGGGAUUAGGCUUCAUACACUCUCCGUCUGGCUCCUCUUGUUUUCCAGCCCAGCAGAGGGCAGGAUUUAGCCGGUAGCACUUACAAGAAAUUGUUGCCAUUUAUGCAAAGUGUAUAUUCUCAUUAAAUAUGUGCUGACUAUAUCUUAAUGAAAAGGAUUAACUUUUAAGGAGAGAUGAGGAACUCCAAGUGAGUUUUUAUUUUGUGCCAUUGAGAAGAGUGUGGAUAAAGUAUACAAUGACAUAUUUACUUUUCCUAUUCUAAGACUUAUGUGCUCACUGUAUUAUAUUUGCAGGCAUUUUGUUAUGUCUACCAACAAAAUAAAAUAAAAUAAAUUGGAUCCUGAAGUAUUUUAGUUAUAAUCUUCUGCUGUGCAGAGGACAAUAUGAUUAUAUAUAUGUAUAUAUAUAUAUGAUAAAUAUACUGUUUUUUGUUAGACAAUGUGUAAGGAUUUUUACCUGUUUGUUCUGGGCAGCAUCUCAGUAAAAUGAGUUGUGCAGAGUCAAUGCUCUAGAACUUAAUGUGUUUCUAAGCACUUGCUUAUCAGGUGUGCGUACUCUCUCUAAGUAUGGAGGGAAUUUGGCACUCUGAAAAGCAAGGAAAGAGAAGAAUAAUGAAAUGGUAAUUAAUUUGUACUUCAUUUAUUCCUGUGAAUAUUUCUUGUUGGUACCAAUGGUACUGUACCAGGGAAAUGUUAUAGCUACAGCAUUCUCCUUCACAAGGACACUGUUAAGGCACUUUUCAUUGUUUUAACAAUAUUUUUUUAUAACUGGGGGCCUGAUCCAGUGCUCAUUGAAGUACCAGGAAAGCCUCCUACUGACUUAAAUGGGCAUUUGCCUGGGCUUUGUGGAUGCAGUUUUGGCCAGGGCCAUAUUUAAGAGAAAAAUUGGGUGGUAGUUGUGUAAAGGCUAUGAAACAAGUAAUUAGGAAAAAACCCUCAGUCACUGACAUCGUCUUAACCCAAAUUCAGCUUUGUUUUUCAAAUUUUUGAUCCAGGGAAGAAGGAUAACUAGUCCCAGGGCUGGGAUAACAGACAAAAGUGUAAUUGACAUGGGACUUUGAAAAACUUAGGGGCUGCUUCUGCCCCAUUAAAGUGAAUGGGAGCUUUAUUAUUGAUUUUUUUGCGGGGCACUGGAUCUGGAUUUGUUACCGCAAACCUCCUCUCUAGGCUUUUUUCCCUUGAGCCUAAUCCUAAAGUAAUAAAAGGAAAACAAAUGCAUGACUCCCCAGGGAAUUAGAGCUCUGAGUGGUCUUGAUGCUGCUGAAAUCCUUUCCCCAGGUUUAAGAUGAGAGCGCUCAUGGGAAAUCCUGAAAACCCUUGCUCCUGUGCGUAGUCCCAUGGAAUUUCAUGGGGCUACUCAUGCAAUUUAGGGUUUUCAGAAUAAUACCUGAAGUUUUCUGUGAGGGACGCAAUCUACUCGGGCAAAAAUGCCCAUUGAAAUCAGUGGAUAUUUUUUGCCAAAAUACUGCAGCACCUAGCUUGUAGGUUGCUCUGUACUGUCUAAGAUGGCCACACAUCCAUUUACAUAAUCCCCAAAUAUCAACAGGGCAUGAAAAAUCAUAUCCCCUUAGAAGCCUGAAUAUGAAUCAACUGAUCCCAUUGGAAGUCAAUGGGAGUUUUGGCAGCAUAAAGUCUGUUGGACUGGUCAUUACAUGUUUUCUUACCAAUUAUUUUCUUCUUUCUUCACAUGCACUGGUAUAAUACUGUAUCGCAAGCAUUGGGGCUGCUGACAAGAACUAACAUUGCUUUUCACCCUACCUUUACAGUGUCUCUUUAUAAAUAGGCUCAUGGACAUACGUCUAUGGAGUUUCCUAAUUUGGAAUCUGACUUCAGGGAGCUGUCAGUGAAAUGCUGUGGAUGGUUCAAUUCUUUUUUCUUGUAUUUAAAUAGGAACAUAUUAAUGUUGCCUAUUAAAUAAGACUAGCCGGAUGCCUAUCAAAAGGGAACACUGUGGUUGUAACUUCUAUUACAAAAAUUCUGUAAUUAAUGGCAUUAUUGUUAGUUAACAAAGUUGGUAUUUUGUAACCUUUAUCCUUAUUAUUCUUAAUAAAAUAUUUUAUA